UUAUAUCAUUUGUAUUAUUUUUAAAUUGCAACUUAAUUGAGUUCAAAGAUCAAAUCUUUCAUUUUUUUGUCCCUUCAAAAAUUAAGACGUUGUUCCUUUUUGUUCGUUGUUACUAGUGAACAAAAUAUUUUUUUUUCUUUUGUUUGCUGUUAGUAGCGAACAACCUAAUUUUAUGCUUGGACACGAAGACAUUCAUUUUAAAAAUUAAAAUUUUCCGAAACUUAUUUUAAGAAUUUUUUUAAUAAAAUCCUUAUUUUAUUGAAUUUUUCACAAGAGUCGGCGUUUAGAAAUUGCGGACCGAAAAAGGCCCAGGAUAGAGUAGAACGGAAACAAGGGUUUUGCUUUCGCGCAAACCGCGCUUCUUCUCUAUAGCCUCAAUUACCCCUACCCUCCACCUGCCUCUCUCUUUCCCUUUCAUCUCCAUUUUCGAAUUUCAUCUCAUUCUCACUACCAGUUUUACACCAGCUGCGUCUGACUCCUCCGUCAACGGUGACUCGCUUCUUCCCUCUGACUGUAAUUUCGGCCGCGUCCCUAGCUUUAUUCUUGCCUGCCGGCUGCCGCCUGCGACCACAGACCACCGACCACCGGACCACCAUUCUUUGGUUGUUAUUAUGCAAUCUCUAAUUAGGGCAGUUCGAUUGCAAUGCAGGAUUCACUCAGAGUUCGGUUCUACCAACAUUCGCAGCUUCUAUUCUCACUCUUCCUUGACUUCGGGAAGAAAGCUCCUCCAUGAAUGUGCUUCAAUGCACAUAUAUACUGCACCUUCGCCAACUAGCUUUUGUGGAAGUGCAAAUUUUGGUUCCAUUGACGGGGCUGCUGCCUUUGGAAGUUCUGAUUCUAGGUGCUAUACAACAGCUGUUAAUCCUGUGGCAUCCGCUGCUGUAGAGGAUUCUACAGUUUGUGUAACUGAUGGACCUGCUCGCAUAAAAUUUAAGAGGCUUGACAAAACGGCUAGGCACAUAAUGCAGAUUCUGGAUAAAGAAGCAGUUGAAGAAGUAAGAGGGAAGAAAGAAAUACCUGAUAUUAGGCCAGGACAUAUUAUCCAGAUUAAAUUGGAAGUUCCUGAAAACAAACGACGUGUUACUACAUUAAAAGGCAUUGUCAUUGCCAGGCGAAAUGCAGGGCUUAAUUCAACCUUCAGACUGAGGAGGCUAGUUGCUGGAGUUGGAGUUGAGAGUCUUCUCCCACUGUAUUCCCCGAACAUAAAGGAGAUCAAAGUGCUGGAUAAGAAAAAAGUGAGAAGAGCCAAGUUAUACUACCUUAGGGAAAGGAUGAACCCGCUCAAGAAAUAGUGACUAUCAUGUUUUUUUUUUCAAUUGUAUGGAUAUUGUCACUGCACGGAAAAUACGUGGCGAGCAGCCGAGCAUGCCGUGAGAUAGCAUUAGGGGAAGUAAACCUACAAUUAUGAGUUUUCAAUACUUUUACGAAGUAAAGAAUGAAUUCGGGUCGCUGGAAGGAACGUGUUUUGCCUUGGCUCAUACAAAUGAUUUAGCUUUUCUAGAACGGCAAAUAUCAAUCUGAUUUUGGGUGAUGAUAUUAAACUAUCUCUGAUAGAGGUGCUUCAAUUCUGCAUUGACACAGUUUCCUUGAUAUAAGCUUACUAGCUGCUUGUUUCGUUUUAGCUAAAUGUAGAGCCUUAUAGGUAAAAAUACAAUCACUAUAUAUUGUUGGAUAGAGGACAUAUUAUCUAUAAAUUUUCUUGUAUUGUAAUUUGUAGGCUCAUUUAGUUUAAUGGAAUGUUGUGCUUCAGCCUUUAGCCUAUAGGCAACGGACCAUGUUAUGCUCCUAAAUUCAACACAAAAGCUACAACACUACUUACUACACAAUUGUUCGUCUAGGUUUGGUUCAUGUUUCUGGUGAAUCGGCCAAUAUAACGUUAAUAAAUACUCCUACUACUUUUAUGUCUUUGUCUCAUUUGAUUUGGAAACGUUUGUCAAGACGGAUUAUUCAAGCAUUAAUAUCUCUA